AGAUGGCCAGUGGCACCGUUGUUGGUGCGGGGAAGCUCAGCCAUCCACGUAUCAAGUACUCGCGUGCUAAGAAUCCGUAUGCUUCCACCGGAGGUAGCGUGGUUUCAUCAACGGUUACGUUACCGAUUCUGACCAUUCCGACGGUACCGCAUGCUUCCCUCCAGGGACAGGAGACUACGCCAACAACGGCAACCACUAUCGCCGUAUCCGAUCGUCCUUUACUGAACUUCUCACUGUCGCGUAAAUUGAAUACAGGGCAGGCGCCUCAACAGCACGUUACGAUUACCGGUGGUGGCGCAUCAACAACCGGCUUAACCACCAUCAGUGCCAUACAGCAGCUACCGGUUGUUUCGGCCAAUUUAACCACUCCCCGCGGAGCAAUUGUAGGAAUUGGUGGCGGGGGCAGUGUUGGUAACGUCACGCGUUAUGCAGUGAAUGAGUAUGAAACGACAGGAUCAAACACGUCUGUCCACAGUGCGGACUUUCCGCCCGGCGUCAUUGACGAGCUAGAUUAUUCAGUGAUCGACGAUAUCGAUUUGUCGGACGAAGUGCAGACCAACUACAGCCACCUGAAUGUAGUUGGUGGACAGCAGCAACAGCAACAAUCGAUGCAAAAUCCACCGGCCCUGGUUCCUGUCUCUUCGAGCAAAGCCUCGUCGGAUGUGGAAAAUAAUGGAUCUCAGAGUGACGAGGAAGAGGAUGGUGACCUGGAACAAGAAGAAGACGGUAUGCUGAUAGAGGAACGAGAGGAUCUGUCUAUACCGAGGACGAUAAAGUUACGAAAAUCGGAUACGGGCAGCGAUGGGGGAUCGGCGAACACCGGUGGUAGCACUGGCAAGUUGCUUAAUGUUACGAUGGCCGAGAGCAAGUACGGCUUGCUAGCAAAUACCAAUAUUAUGAAGAAUUUCGAGUACACGGUGAACGAAUCCUCGGUCGUUUCCUCGGUGGUAAGUGAUACGGAUGACGGAGACAGUAUGCGGCAGUACAUCUGCCGGCACUGUGGUAAACGAUAUCGCUGGAAAUCGACCUUGCGACGUCACGAAAACGUCGAGUGUGGAGGUAAGGAGGCCUCCCAUCAGUGUCCUUACUGUACCUACAAGGCCAAGCAGCGGGGCAAUUUAGGUGUGCACAUAAGGAAACACCAUGCCGAGAUGCCACAGCUCGAGAGUCGCCGGCGAUCGAAUAAGUCCCGCGAUUCGAUCUAAGCUGGACUUCUAUUUGUACCUUGCUUGGCGUUCGCUCGAUCAUUCGUUUGAUGCGAAGUCAAGAUAGGAAAAUGGUCAUUGCAAUAACGCCUCUUAACGACAGCUGUCAUCCCCCCUACUGAGACAUCCCUUUUCACUAAGCAGAGAACAUGUGCAAGUAAUGAUCCAUUUUAAGCAAUGACAUCAUGAUUUAGCCUGGGUUAGCUGCCUUUCUUCAAGACUUUUUAUAUAGUUUCAAGAAGAACAAGAUUGUUUCCCAGUUUCUACUCUCUUAGUGCUGUUUGUGUUUGUGCGUCUCGUCUGUCUACUCUCAUUUAUUAUGUUUACAAUCGAGCUUUUAUGUCUGCUAAACGGUGUUACUGUCGAGCGGCACUCUUGCUUUUUAUAUACUUUCAAUUUUAACUAUCCGAAGGAUAUUGCCAUUCAUUGAUUGUGUUUGUUCCAGAAGCAGAAAGAGCCAAAUUUUAGCAACUAUUCGUCUGUGUGUUUGCAUUGGUCGAAUAGACUGUAAUGGGGGAGGGGGGAAUUUGUGUUUUGCCCAGCUUAAGCACGUGGACGGAUGGUAGCUAGCAUUAUCAUUAAAAUCGUUUUCUCAGUGUAACUAGUGAUUAAGAAUUAAGAGGAUUAAGUAUUUUACUAUAAUUCUAUCUAUUUCUAUCGAUUAAGCAAUGAGUGCUCUUGUGUGUAAGUCAAAGUGUUUGUGUUUGUCAAGUUCAUGCUGAUUCAUUAAGAAAUCCUUGCUUUCUUCGCUAUCGUCGUAGUGCUACGUACACAAGUGUGCGUACCAGCAUACUUCUAUUGCAUAAUUGUUUAAUCACAUUUUGCAAUCAUGAAUCUUAUGUCUUAAAAUAUCGUCAAUGUUUUGCAUAGGUUUUUUCAUACCUUAUGACGCAUUUAAAGUGAGUCGCUUUUUGAAUAUUAGACUUAUCGUUAUACGAUACAUAUUUUUCACACGAUUCAAUGACUGUCAUAAUUCGAGUUCGCUUCGUAAACAAUCCAGGGAAAGUUCAUCAGUGAGGUCAUAAUGUCAUAAUCAUGGGUUGCUUUUCGAUUACUAUGCCGUUGGACUUGAGUAAAGUUUUCAAUGAGUAUGUUAAUGAAUAUUGGCAGUAAAAUGAUACUUUUAAAUGAGUGAGUGACCAUUAAAGCAAUUUACUUUCGGUGCUAAACCAAUUUACACGAUGCAGCACUUGCCACAACGCCGCGAAGUUAAGCGUCCAAAGCAUUUGAAAACUCUUCAAUCUUUGUUUUCAAGAGAAAAGCUUUUAAAAAACAAUGGGUAAGCAAAUAAUUUACCUUUCGGAAAACAUCACAAACACCGACGAUCGGAAGACAAUGGUUUCUAUAAGAUUUUAUGAUUCCGUGUUUGGAGCGUAUUAAUCAUCAAUAACCAUCGAUUCCUAUUACUUGAAAUAAAAUGUGCAUGGAAAAACAAGAAAUUAUACAGAAAAUGGGAUAUUACCCUAUAGAAAAAAACGACAACAAAUGAAAGGGAGAAACAAAUAGAUGCUAUUACGUUGUUUGCUAAAGUGAAGUGAAAAUGAAAUUAUUUGAUCAAAGAUGUGCAUCGCACUUUAUCGCUAUCUAGUUUUAUGAUUGGAUUUUCUAACAAGCGCAGAGUCGUAAAAUGUAUGUUCAAAAGCGCACGUUUUCCUGUAUAGAGUAAAUUAAGCAUAUUUUAUAUAAGCGUAUAUAAAUAUGUAUGAACUGUAUUCAUAAACAAACAUGAACACACAAAAACAUUGAGCCAAAUAUCUGUGAAGUAUAUAAAAUACGAUGAAGGCUUUUUGCUGCGCGAGAUGCAACUGGAUUAGCAGUUUAGAAGUUGACAAAAAAAAACAGGCGAUUAUAUUUUAAAUCAAUAAUUGUUACAAAAACGGACAGGAUUGACGACUGUAAAAUGUACAAUUAAUCUUUAGAAGGUAAUGACAAAAUCCUUAAACAGAACUCGAUAUGUUUCACUUCAUUGUGAUAACAAAUAGGCAUCAUCAAACCCAUAAAAAAGCGCAUCUCACGACACACGAGUACAACAACGGAAUGCAGAAGAGUGAAGAUUAAUGUAAAUCCUGUAGGAAAAUGUUUUCAUAAGUCAAAACAAACAUUUAAAAAACGAAAAAUGAGUUACUAGAACAAGCCAUGUAGUGCAA